AACAAGAAGAUAAAUUCAAGUUGCGAUUUGAUUGUUGUGAGAAUCUUAAGCAAUCUAGGGAACCUGCUUAAUUCUGUUAAUUAAAUAAAAACAUUAUAUAUUAUUAUUUUUGAAUUAUUAAUUUUACUUGAGGCCAUAUCGAUUGCGAACGUGUCCUGUGCAUUGUUAGCAAUGGAAGAAAAAGGCGUGCAUGUUUCGUGAACUUGAAUGACCGCAGAAUUCUUAAAAUUGCAUUAUUUACGUAGCAGUUGAUCUAAUUUGGAUGAUCAAGCAUCAACAUGGAUCUACAACAAUGUUAAGAAUUAUUUAAUUAUGCGCAUUAGAAACUGAUAAUGGCGAUCGAUAGUGAAUUUUCUCCGUAACAAUUAAAAUGGCGCAUGGUACUGGGCUCAAGCUUGAAGAAAUGUUGCAACAAAAAAAAAUUGACGUGACUGGAAAUGGAAAGGAACCAGUUAAACCAUAUGAAAGUCUUGAUAUAUACUCUGAUAUCAGUAUAAUUAAGUCAUGGAUAAUGGCAGGAAAUCAUCCCACAAGCUCAAAGAUGGUAUUUUUCAAUCUGUUGAGGAAAACUCUUCUUUGUAUUUUCUCUCCUAUAUGGAGUAAAGUCACAAGGAAGCAAGAUUUAUUGAAGACUAUAUCUCUCUACUUUAACAAGUUUCCUGUGAUAACAAAAGAUUAUGCAGAGGUUUUUAAAACAGUAUGCAAAGUUGCUUCUGAGCCUUGGAGAAACUCUUUCUUUCUUUGGGAUGAUUUAUUUGAAUCAAACUUAACUAUCGAAGAUACAGAAGUUCAAGACUAUUUUUUGUCUGAGCCUGAAGAAAUUGUUUUGGCUCGAGUUCAUUCCCUUGUCAUACGAAGAAACGAGAAGGGGGCAAUGAUGCUUGCAAAGACUUCAUUUUUAUACCACAGUCGUGUAUCAAAACAUUUAGUGUUAUCCUCAAGAAACAAAGCAAAUAUCCAGCAUUUCCAUGUAGGAAGCAAAAAACAAAAUGGCCGUGCAUCACUGGAUUGGUAUUUGUUUUUCUUGCAGAAAAUGAAAACUAUUUCUUCUCUUGUGAGUGAGGUUUCACAGUUAACUUGUCAUGAAGGACUUGAAAUCAUAUUACAUUCAAAGAAAAAUCCAAAGAAUGAAGCAUUGUCUAAUAUAUUAUUACACAUUUUUCUUAUACGGGAGCUGAUGAAGCCUUCUAAAUAUUGUUGCACAAAGAAACUUUUUACGUUAUGGUGUGUGAUGCAUAAAAAUAAGAAAACUGGUUUGAAAGAAAUUUCUGAAAAUGUAGAAAAAAUUUUUCCCAUUUAUGCUUCAACUAGUGCUCAUUUUUAUUUGUUUGUUGAUACUUUGUGGACUCAGUUUGGACCUGAACUUACAUCAUUAUAUGUUGAGUUGUAUCUUAGAGGACUUACUGUUGAUAUUAACCAUCUUGAAGCUGCCAAGUGUUCUUAUAUAACUGCUGAUAUUGAGCAUCUUGAACAUCAUAUUGCUUGGCAGUUUGAUAAACUCUCUAAUUUAUUUACUGAUGUUGCUGCACGUGAAUGCAUCUUUAGUGCCUUUUCUUUGAGACCAACUGAUGACAGGCGUGUUGCUUUGCAAAGUUUGACUCUAAGUCUAUUAAAACAAGAAACCAAAAAGAAAAAUUCGAGUUUCUUUAAUCAGUAUUUACCUGAUAAUGAUUGUAGCUGCAGUGUAAGAUGUAAUGGAGUUUGUAAGAAUUCAAUGAAUUCACUAGAUUUUUUUCAUCCGUUAUUAAGUAAAGGGAUAAAAAAUGUCCCCUUUGUAUUGGUAUCAGACUUAGUCUGUGUUUUAGAAUCUGUACGCUGUAUAAAUCUUCAGUACAAUGUAUUUGAUUGGAAAAAUAUUGUUGAUCUUGGUGAUUAUGUAAAAUCUUGUAGUAUUGGUGAAAAUAUGCUUAAAAAUCGGAGUUCUGAUACUGGAGCUGCUAGUGAUGCUAGUAACAAAAGUGGUCCUGAAGAUGAUGCAUCAGCAUCUGAAGGAAAUGGUCUAAACUUAAUGUCUAGAGUAAAUUCAGAUGCCUUCUGUUCACCUAUGAAAAGGAAAACUAACUCAGAAGAGCCUGGAGAAAUUUUUUCAUUAGAUAUAGGAGCAAAUAUUGAAGUAGAGAGUGAUGAUAGUGGAAACAAGAAAAUUAAAAUGGAACAUAGCUUUAGCCAAUAUGAUGGGAAAACAGUACAAUCUGGGGAUGGAUUACAUAUGCAAGAUGCUAUUGAAAAUGUAAUUAGAAUGUCACUCACUGACAGAGUUCUUAAACCAUUUUCAGGUAGCCCUCCAUGUCAGGAAAAAGUGUUAGAUCAAUCGGUUGACGGAGUCGAUCAUUUUUUAAAUUCACAGUGUUCAAACAGUCACACCAUAUAUCCAUAUUCUUUGACUCCUGUAGGAAAGCAAGAAAAUCUUAUAUCCAAUCCAAAAAUGCAGAUGGUAAAUAGUAGAAAUUCAAUUCAGUCAAGUGUUGAGAGUAAGAGUAAUUAUAUUGAGCGUUAUGAUAAAAAUUUAAAUUGUGUAAUUCCUACUAACUUUACAAAAAGGAAUAAUUUUAGAGAAAGUGUUGUUAUUUCUCCUAAUAUAUGCUCUGAGGAAUCAAAUUCUCAGAGGCAGGAAACUACAUCUGUGACCCAGUAUUCAUUUCACGGUUCUGUUGUUAAAACAGGCAGCUCUCCUAUAUGUCAGCCUGCAAAAGGAAUGGAUUCAAGACCUUCAGUAUCACCUCAUGCAAAAGAAAUUGCUUAUGAACAUGGUGCUCUGAAUUUGAGUUCUAACAAUAAUUAUGUAAAGUCAAAUAAUGUUGAAAAAUAUCCUAAUCCUGAUAUAUUAUCGUCUUAUCAGCCACAGCUAAAUUCUAGGAUGGUAGACACUAAACAAGUUAAUUCUAUGGUCUCUGAAUCAUUUAAUGUCUCAAAUUCUAGAUACUUUGAAACCUCAUCACAUAAUGUUGCAUCUUCUAAAAAAACUAUUAAUCAAGUGAAAGCAUAUUUUAUUCAGCAGCCUAUAAAUUAUUCUAGUAAUCUUCAGGAUAGUUUAUCCACAUCUACUUACACUACGCCACAUGCAGCAUUUCAGGAAUCUAUUGCAAAUUCAACACAGACAUCUAUAAGACAAACUGUCAGUAUGUGUGUUUCAUCAACAAAUGAGAUACAGCAGACUGACAGAAAUUCUGUAAUUCAGCAUACUGUGCAACAAGCAGUAGAGAAAACUGUCCAGAUUCCCAAUCACUUAUCAGUGUCUGUUAAUUCCAGUGCUGUUCAGCAUAUAAGGAAUAUAUCAUAUAAAGAUGGAUCAAGCUUACCACCACUGCGAGUAAAUGUCACUGAUAAAAAAAUCUCAAAAAGUAAUCUUGCCGUUCCUGCAAGCUUAGUUAUUGCUAGGAAACCAUAUACUUAUCCAUUAUCUAGUAGUAGCCAACCAACCACAAAUACUACAAGUUCUAGUCUGCAGAGCAAAGAUACAAUAACAAUACCAGGUAUACUUGCUUCUCCUUCAGUAAUAAUGACUUCAGGGUGGGAAACAAACCAUCAGAAACACAGUAAUAUGCCAUAUAAGAAAAAUAAAGUUUCUGCUGCAUCCAUUGUUAAAAAAGUGUAUCGUAAACCUUAUGAGAGGCAGUCACUUCCAAGUGAAAAAUGUGAAGGAAUCGAUAGGAGUACAUGUAAAAUUGUGCCUUUUAUUCAGCCAACUACAAGCCAUAUACAACCAAUAACUUCGAAGCAAAAGAACUUUAUUGUUACCAACCGAGGCUGGCCUGUAUCUGAAAAUAAAAUAAAAUCAACUGCUGUAGAAUGUGAUAGAGAAAGUUCUAGUCAGCCAUGGUACUCUGUUCCCUAUCCUAAAUCACCUAAUCCUGAGAUUACUAAUGCUUCUAGUUUUGAUACUCAUAUCAACAAGAAUCGAAAUUCUCCAUCAUCAUUUACAUCAGCUCAACAAAGUGAAAAAGCUUCCAAAAGUAUUAUAAAAGAUAAUCCUUUGUUAAAUGCACAUCUGUAUGUAAAGGAUAAUCAUCUCGAAGACAGAAAUUCUCCUGUUGCUGUGAAUCAUAAUCAGUUAAUUAUAAAUAAAUUUACUUCUGUAUCCCAUCCAAAUGCAGUAUCUCCAGACAGUUCAAACCAGGCAUUUAAGCAAAUAAAAAAUGUUUAUGCCAUUCCAAAAAAACAGUUUUUUAAAGAAAAGAAAUCAGAAAUGUCUGACUUUUCAAGUGUUAAUUUACAGUCUUCUGUUACAAAUAGUUCAAACCUCUAUUCAGCUCCACAGUGUGGCAAAACUAUGAUUAAUUCGAGUCAUGGUAGCCCAGUUUCAUUUUCUUCAGCUUCAGGUCAAGAGGCAAAAUUGUCUGUUGCUUACUCAAAAUCAGAUGCAUUUGGUAUAACAUCACAGUAUUCUCAAUCUAAAAAUACUUCUAACAACAUUUUUACAAAAGUGUGUUGUUCUCCAAAAGAGACAAAUCCAUGUCAGAGUUGUUCUGUAACUAGUAAAGCAAAUGUACCAUAUACUGAAUCAACUCAUUUGCAAAAGAAUGAAUCUGCACAAAGGACUAGUACUUCAGUUAAUAGCAAUAUGUUUCUGCCGUCGUCUGAUGCUGAGAAACACAAGAUUGCAGAAGGGGCAAAUUCAUCAAUUUUUUCAAUUAACAACACUCAAAGAGUAUGCCAGUAUUGUUCAAUAUCUUGUCCAUCUGCUAUGUUUAAAUGGCACAUUAUAAAUUUCCACAAAACAGAGUUAUUAAAAGAAAAUAAAUAUGGUCAUUCAAAAGAACGAAUAUCUCUUGAUUUAUCACCCAGUCCAGAUAUCAUGUGCAUGUCCAAUUCUUUUUCUGGAAUUCCUGAAGAAACAUUAAAUGCUUUGCAUCAAAAUAAUGAUGGACCUUCUUUAAAUAAAACAGAUUUUAAAUUUAAAGAAAAUGAAGAAAUAAAUGAUGAUAAUAUGUUUACUAUGUGCAUGAAUUUAAUUAAUAGUGAGAAAGAAUUCAGUAAACUUGUGCAAAAUGUGGAUUGUUUAGAGCAAAUUGAUAAUUGUUCUUUGCCCUUAAUUUCUGAUGCUAAUGAUGAUUCUUAUAAUUUUCCAAAUCUGCAAAAUUUUACUGAUUUAGUAAAAAAGGAAGAUAUACCACAAUAUAUGCUACAAAAUCUUCCAGCAUAUGUUGAAGAUAGCAUAUUAGAAAAUAUAACUCCUAAUACUGAUCAAUUCAAUAAUGAAAGUUUUGAAAAGUCAAGUGAAGUGGUUAAGGCCUAUAAAGAUUUUGAUAGAAUUUUAGGUUUUAUUGCAGAUAAUCAGAAGUUGGAAAAACCAGUGUUAAAAGAAUGUUCCUUUGACAAAAGUGUAACUGUAGAAGGUAAUGCACCUGCUAACCAUGUUGGUGAUUUACAUCCUUUUAUACCUAAUUCAUUAUCCAAAUCAUCCACAUUCAUUACACUUACUGACGUCAAAAAGAGUGUAGUUACAGCAGUACAGCAGCCAAACUUAGUUAGCACAUCUGAAUCAAAUAGCUUACAUUUGAUUGCAUCAUCAGAAAAUAAUCUAGGAUUGCCUUUUCAGUCUUCUUAUCUUGCUGAUAGUGACAAAAAUUACAGUGACUGUGACAAUAUUCCAAGCUCUGUAUCAGAGGGAAAUGAUCUUGAUUUGCAUGUAUCUCUUGCUGUAAAAAGCAUUAUGGCUGCUAAUCAGGGAAAGGAAGCAAAAGCAGAACCAUCAUUUAGUAAUAGUGGAGGUAAUAUUUCUUUAACUGAGGGGAAAAGUUCUAUAAAAAAGCCUACUAAAAAGUGUGAAUAUUGUAAAAAAACACUUACAGCAGUGUACAUUAAAAGACAUAUCCUUAAGAUGCAUCGUGAAAAAUUUCCAAUUGGGGAAGCCGCAACUCUAAAUUCAGUUUCUGGUAAAUCUAAUAAACCUUUAGUAGCACAAGGGUUCAAGCAAACAUAUCCAUUGCUAUCAGCAGUUUUGGAACAAAAUGCAGAUACAAGUACAUGCUUAUCCGUUUCUGAUGCAUUAAAAACAGAUGAAACAUUUGCUGUUGACCGAGAAUCUGUUAACGAUAAAGAUAAAUUUAUAGAAGAUUCACAUUUAAAGUUUGAUUUCAAUGUGCCUUCAUCUCCUGCUAAAGAUGAUAAGCAUUUCUUGCAUUUACAAGGAAAUACAGCCAGUAAGCUAACACCAUCAGAAUUAGCUAUAUUGAUGCAAUGCCACACAAUCUCUCCAGAUAAUUUCAAAGUGAAAGACCCAGAUUCUUCAGGAAAGCCCAGAUGUUGCAUAUGUUUUCGGAAAUACACCUCGCUAUCUGCUUUAAAUCGACAUAUGAAGGCUGUACAUUUCAAUAAAUGUGCUGGAAAAGGCACACUGAAAGUGAGUAAGCCAUCUGAAAUACUUGAAGGUUCUAUACAAGCAAAAUCGGUUGUUAAUCUUGAUAAAUCUGUACAAGACUUGUUUCCGGUAAUACCUGUGCAGAAUAACAGUAGUGUAGCAGUUUAUCAGAGCAGUGACAAAGAACAAAUAGCCAGACAAAAAACUCCCUUUAAACAAAGUAUCUUUCUACUAUCUAAAAUGCUUCCUGAUAUAAGCCAACAAAACAAUUCUGCUAAUGAACACAAGCUGUCUGCUUCUUCUUCUUUGCCAGUGAUUGAAGAUUUAAAUUCUAGUAUCACAAAUCCUGUUUCCAAACAUGGAGCUAAUGCUGAAAUUUCUGUAGAUAUAAUGAAACCUGAGAAAGAGAAAAGAAGUAUUCAUGAUAAACCAGAAAAUGAUUAUCAAAGUACUAUAGACUUCAUGGAUAUAAAUAAUGAGAAUUAUCAAAACUUUUCAGAGACUAUAAAUUCCAGUUUGAAGUUCAAUCCAAAAUUUAAUUAUGAAAAAGAAGCUAUGCAUUUAGACCAAUUAAGUAAUUCAUACCAAAUUAAUGCAAAUCAAAAUAUUUGUCAGAGUAACAUACAGCAAAACUUGGAUUAUUUACCAGUCAAAGAUGAAUGCACAUACUCUGGAUGUUUGAACGAAUGUGAUAAAACAGAAUUUCCUGAAUUAAAUAGUAAAAUGGGCUGUGGCUUGCAUGGUUUGAAGGAUUCUGUUUCAAGCUUUAAAGAUAUGAACUUAACAUGUGCGUCUACAAAUUUGUCUCAAGAAAUUAAUCAAAAUGAAUGCGAAGCUAUUACACCAGUAUUUGUCCCAACUGCUUGUAAUGAAUUGCCAAAUGUUCAGAAAGAAACUACAUUAUCUUGUGAAGAUGUACCAUCUGACAAACAAGAAGUGUUUGCUUCUCAGAGUGUUAUGGAAAAUCAUUCUGAAUUUAAUGUAAAGCAUGCGAGUUCUACAAAUUCAUGUGCAGAUGAAAUUACUCCUGUUUCAGAAAUUAUUUCUAAUGUUUCAAAAUGUUUUUUUGCUCCUAACUCUUUAUCUGAUGAUGACCACAAAACAUUUGAGGAAGAAAAUUCUUUAAAACUUGUCAUUAGUGACAAAAGUUCUGCAUCUAAACAUAAAAGUAAAGUUUUAGUAAAAGUAUUUGAGCAAAAUUCAUUAAGUUCUGCUGAUUGUGAAGAAUCAUGUACUAAGGAUGUAUAUGAUGAGAAUUCAUUGAAACUUGUUAGUGAGCCAGAAGAUGAGUGUUUUGCUCAUAGUAAAUCUUUUAAGAAUUCUGAUACUUUUCCUGUACCUGAAGGAAAUCGUUCUGUCAAGAAUUUAGAAAAGCAUAAUGAAACAGAGUACUCCAAAGCUGAGAACUAUUCCAACAUACAUAAAGAAAUUUUUAAUUCAGUAAUGCAAGCAUCUACAACAACUGAAAAUGAUAAUUUCAAAUCAGUUCAUAAUACAUCUGCUACUAAUGAAAAUAAUUCUGAAUUAUAUAUGUCAUCUGAUGAACAAAGAAAACAUAGCUCUUCAUUGAAAAGAUCUUUUUUUGAAUCUAGUGUAGAAUCUGAUAAUGCUCAUCGAAAAAGAACAUUUACAGCUAAAUUGCGUUCAAAAAAUCGUUCCAAAGAAUGUAGAUUGUGCCAUGAGAAGUUGAGUUCUAUGGAAGCACUUUCUAUGCAUUUAAAGCACAUGCACAGUAUUCCAGUUCUGAAAAAACAAAAGUCUUUUUCAGAAAAAAGGACUUCCAUCAAAAACAUGGAUAAAUUAUCACCUCCUAACUUACUGUAUUCAAACUGUGAUUCUGAUUCAAAUUCAGUUUCACUUGAUAGUCUUCACCCACAAGCUGCUUUAGUAAAUAGCUGGUCUGAUAAUGAUUCUGCAGAUGAAAAGAAAGUGCAUGUUUCUAACAAAGAUCCUUUAUAUGAGUAUGCUGCUCUAAAAUCUUCGAAUAAUUUUGAAAUUGAUGUAGAAAAGACUAUCAAUCAAAAUAAUUCUAAUAUUAGUCAUUUUGAAAUAUUACAUAGCUCUCUUUACUCUCAAAAAUUUGGAGAAGGAGGACUUGGACGCAGAAUUCGGCGACAUUCAUUCUCAGAUAUCAAAACUUGUCAAAAAUUAUACACUUCUGAUGUAAAUUUAAAAUAUCUGUUUAGUCCUACGGAUUUGAAAUGUAAAAUUAAAGAGAAUUCAGUAUCAAAUGAAACUGAUUAUCAGAAGUUUGAGAAUAAUUAUAAAAGUUGUGGAUCUUUUUCUUUCUGUAGUUCUGGUGAUAAUACCUCAUAUCUCUGUGAUUCAAUGUCAAACAUACAUUCAAGACAAUAUAAUAUGCCAAAUUCUCUUGAAAAAUGUGGUGUCUGUAAAAAGAAAAUUGAGGAUGUUGAAAAAUCGUUUAAACGCAUAAGUUCCAAUUUUAAAUCUUCAGAAAAUCUCAGUGUUUCUGCUCCUCUUCAAACUGAAGAAUUAGAAGGCGGAUAUGUUAAAAAUGUAAAUUGCUUUCCUUAUCGUAGGCAUUCAUUUAGUUCUUCCAGCAACACAAAAUUUUUCUUCCCUAGUCUUGCCUCUUCUGAAGUUUAUGGCCGAAAUAAAACUAUUCAGAAAUCACAUACUUCUGAUAAUUUAAAUAAGAAUAAAAGAAAAAUAUUCUUGCAAUGUGAGAAUGCACCUUCUAAUCGAGGAUAUUGCCCUACAUCCUCAAAAAUAUUUAGUAAAUCUGAUUUUAAAUCUAGUGUUAAAAUUUCUCGUGCCAUCAAUUCAUCUGUAUCUCGCAAAAGAAGAAUUUUGAGAAAGCUCAGUUACAGAAAGAAAUCUAGGCAAAAAAAUAAUUCUUUGGUGUUGAAAAAUAAAACUCGAAAGUGCAAUAAUUCUUUUAUUUUGACAUUCAAGAAAUCAGCUGAUAUAACAAAGUUUCUAAAAACACAUAAACAACCUACUGUGCAGUUGACUCGCCUAAGCAAUGCUGAUAUCUUAAGAAUAACUAUACAAGAAAAGUGUUGCAACCAGGGAUCAUCCGAAGAUAGCUCAAACUCUGCAUUGGGUAGGUUAGAUAAUAUUCGUGGAGAGGAAGUUGACAGUUUUCUCAUGAUUCAUCCAAAAAGUAAACCUCAGAUUGAUGAAAGCGACAUAAGUAAUCUUAGCAAUAAUUGCAAAGUGGAUUCUUCAAGUGUUUUAUGUUCAGAUAUCAGUUCAUCAUGUCUUUCAAAUACUGAGAGUGUUUCUGUGUCUGAAUCAUUCGAAGUAAAAAAGGAAAUUAAUGUGUCUGUUGCCUUCCAAGAGUUGUGUAAUUUUCCUUUGAAAAAUGAAUGUCAAGAAAUUCAACAAAAUGAAAAAUGUUCAAUCGGAAAUUCUCCAAAUGAACUGCAAUCAGAUUGUGUAAAUUUGCUUAAUAGACAGUGUUAUGUAUUACUGAAAAGGGUACGAUAUUGAAGUAGACCUUUUAUUGAGAGUAAAUGUUUUUGAAAUAUAAUUUUUUAUUAUUGUCUUAUAAAUUGAACUAUUCAAUUGCAAUGUGACUGAGCUUAGACUUUAAAGCUGUAAAUAAUGAAACAGCGAUGUAUCAGAUUUUGAGGUACAAUACUGUUUCGUGUAAAGCAAUUUGUACAGUGAAUUAAUAUUUUACUUGUAUUUUUUUACGCACAAGAAUAAGUUUCUUUGAAAUGAGUGUUGACUCAAUUUUGCAAGAUUUUUCCUUCUUAAACAUGAAAUUAUGUCCACCUAAACAAUUAAUGAAAGAAAUUUGUUCAAAAUGUAUAUAAUAAAAUACUGUAUAUAAAA